ACAACAUACGAACGGCAUUCGCGCCGCGCGCAGCCCACAUAUUUCCCGCCGCGAAUUUAAAACGUGUUCUAUUAAUCAAAUUUCUAUUACAACUUUUGUUAUUGUUCAAAAUUAUAUAAUGCCUAAAAAGAAAUAAAUUUACCACAAAUAGCGUUAUAUUUAAAAAAAAUUCUGGAUAAUGCGCGAAACUGUGAAAUCGUGUUAAUAAAAUUGAGGACUGCAUAAAGUGCCGUUUUCGUAAAUAAUAUUUCUGUGAUACGUUGCUGUGACAUUUUAACCAGUGUGUGACUUGACUUACUUUUUAUUAUUAUUACGUUUCGUGAAAUUGUAUUUCGCGAAACAUUUAAAUAAAUAUUCUUUAUGAUAGGUCCAUAUAUGAAGUGUCAACAUUUCUACCCCAAACAUUAUGAUUUACAAAUGGAUAUUAUGAUAAGAGUGAAGUGUUGUCAAGAAACUAAAAAUCCAAAGUGACGAAGUGCCCUGUAGGUAUCUGUAGUGCUACGUUCCGUAUCGCCCUAUUUGUCCCUUUAGAAUUUUCACAAUGUCAGACAAAACAACGUCGUCCGUAGGCCCGAGAAGCUUCGAAACUAUUUCGGAAGAGGACUUUGGUUCGCCGUUUGAGAAGUUGUUGGGAGACGUUAAGUCAACUGUUCCUACUAUAAUCAAAACGAAUGCAACAAAUGCGAUAGUUUCCAAAGAUGAGGUGUCAUCACAUCCUCGUGUUACGGACUUGGAGGCUAACAAGUUAACGAGGUCCAAGAGUUGGAGAGACCCGCGCAGGAAUAGUAGUAACGGCCUUCUCAGCUCCAUCCCACGGCAGUUGAGGCUUUCUCUUCGAGGUGUUCGCAGCGAACCAUCCAGCGUAAAGGACGUGCCAACGACCAGAAAUGAUAGCUCCCUCAAUCUCCUUCUUAGAUACCGUCAAGCCCGUUAUGCAGCUCGUCGUGUAAGAAAGCGCGUCAUCUUCAAGCACGGAGACUGCAACGUCGUCCAAUGGAACGUGGCCAAGCGCAGACGCCGAUACCUUCAGGACAUCUUCACGACACUAGUGGACGCUCAGUGGCGCUGGACGCUGCUUGUGUUCGCUCUCUCGUUCAUCCUCUCCUGGCUCUUAUUUGCCUUGAUUUGGUGGCUUAUCAUUUUCACCCACGGCGACCUCAGUCCCCAACCUGAUUCAAAUGUUACCCUUAUCCCUUGCCUUAAUAAUGUCAAUACCUUCACUGGAUGCUUUUUGUUUUCCGUCGAGACUCAGCACACUAUCGGCUACGGUUCCAGAACAACAAACGAAGAAUGCCCAGAAGCUAUAUUUGUUAUGUGCAUCCAGAGCAUUGUCGGUGUCUUUAUUCAAGCUUUUAUGGUGGGUCUAAUAUUCGCGAAGCUGGCUCGAGCCAAAAAGCGUAACACCACUCUCCUAUUCUCAAGGAAUGCGGUGAUUUGUCUAAGGGACGGAGAAUUCUGCCUACUAUUCCGCGUCGGUGAUAUACGCAAGUCGCAUAUACUCGAAGCUCACGUGCGUGCUCAGAUUAUACGCAAAAAGACAACCAGAGAGGGAGAAGUACUGCCAUUCUACCAGCAAGAGUUGAAGGUGGGGGCUGACGGUGAAGAAGACAGACUUAUGUUUAUUUGGCCAAUGACUAUAGUUCACAAGAUCAACGAGAAAUCACCGUUGUACAACCUAUCUGCUUCAGAUAUGUUAAGGGAGAGAUUUGAAAUUGUUGUUAUGUUAGAGGGCGUGAUUGAGUCUACCGGAAUGACCACACAAGCACGUAGUAGUUUCUUACCAUCCGAAGUACUAUGGGGACACCGUUUCGAAACCAUGGUGACAUUUAGAAAAGACACAGGAGAAUAUGAGGUUGAUUAUACAAGAUUUAACAAUACUUACGAGGUCGAUACUCCAUUGUGUUCAGCAAAACAACUCGACGAGCUCAGGGCGACUGUUUCCACUUCACAAAAACUGGAUCGCAUGCUGGGAACCAUACCGAAGACGUUCUCCAACGACACCUUAGACCUCAGCUCCGUCGACUCGAUGUCCCUUGACGAACAUAUUGAAAUCAAGAUCCCCGAAUCCCGUGUACAAGAAAAUAGACUGAUGGCGCAAAAUAAUUUUGUUCAAAACAUAAAUGAGAAAUCUAGAAAUCCCAGUCACACGCACUUAGCAGUAGAGAACGGGCCAGAGUCGUUGCCCAAAAACCAUAUGGCUAUGGUUGGAGAUAUAAAACAUACAGAGCCAAAGGAAGGUCAUAUACAUAGGAGUCAUAGUCACGCUAGCAUGAAGAAAGUACACGGGCAUAUCCCAAACGGUAUUGCCCAUGCUAUUAAUGGUCACGACCAUAAAAUAGAUGAAAAACAUAAAAUCAAAAAAUCUCCAACUACAAAUUCCAUAGAAGAGAAGAUUCCACCACCCAUCCCCAUUUUGGUGACGAGUCCUGACCCGGAGGCCUGACGCCCACUACGAGAACACAACACUACUUCGGACUUCACGCACAAACACAAACGCAAUCUCAACGUCCGUUUCUCCAUCAGCAACGAGAAUAUCGAGAACUUCCGAGUAGAAAUAGAUGAAUAGUAGAAAUUAAGGAACUUAGCACACAGGGCCAUGCAGUAGCAUCUUGUCAGUUAACUGAGCUUAAUUGAUAGUAGUUGAGAGGUAUAGUUAACUUCAUAUAUAUACGAUCAAUACUGGUUAAUAUAUUUUACUGAACAUAUAUAUUGAAUAUGGUCUAAAUUGACAAAAUUUUCUUGAUAUAUAUUCCGAUUAUAAAUAAGAACUUCGUAUUUAUGACACUAUGUGACAUAAUAUUUAUGACGAUGACUGUACCUACUUAUUAUCAAUGAGGAUAAAACAUAAGAUUACGAUUUAUUUAGAAUUAAGAACAUCUUUAAGGUGUUUGCAAAAAGAUAUUUUAACUAGUAUUUAUUAGAUAGACAUCGUAGAAACUUGAGUCCCAUUAUUUAGAAGGGGUUAGAGUAGUUUAGACUGAAAAAAAUUGCUUAAUUUCUAAUUGUUAAUUUGAAUACAUAUCGUCAGCUAAAUUACCAAAAUACGUAACUCCCAAUUGAUGAAUCAUAGACGAACAAGUAAAACUGUUUAUAUUAAAGUAUGUGGCUUUUAUGAAGUAAUCAAUACACAGACUUCAAAAUACUACAUUAAAUAGCAUUAAAAAUCUUAUUUCGAAUAUAUUUUGUGGGGUUAUGCGUUUUGAUAUUAGUCCAAUGAUAUGUAACAUUUUUACAUAUUUUUUUUUCAUAUCGGAGCUAUAAGUACAAGAUCGCUUAAAGGGUACAACGGGCGGCACAGUAUAUAUCCUGUGAUGUUCUUAUGUAUUUUUAUUUUUUUGACAGCCACUUUGCCACUUGUAUAAAUAUUUUUUAAUCGCUUAUAUGCAUCAAAAUUUUUUUUAAUUGAGCCUUUUGAAUUACUGUAAUGUCUGACUUAGUUAAUUAUUUCGAGACGAACUGUAAAACAAUAAUAAGAAUAGACUGCUAUAAUGUAUAAAAUGGAGGAAGUAUAAUGCUUCUAAAGUAGUAUACUUAUGCCAAAAUGUAUUAUUAUCUAUUUUAAUGAUGAUAAUAAAGUAGCUGGUAAGUAAUUUAUUGGUGCUUUUAUAGAAAAAUGACUCGCGUUUCUUUCUUUGGUAUAAAUUCAUUAAAAUUAAAUUUGGUUUACAUUCAUUAAAAAAUAGUUUAGUAAAGGGCUACAAUCUCGGAUUAUUUCUUUCAAUUAAGCAUGAAAUUAUGUCGUGAUUCAAAAUCCACUGUCCACGUUAUUACCUUAUAAUGAAAACUAAUGAAAUAGGUACCUAAUUAUUAUUAUAGAUUCCUUUUA